AUGGAGCCCGUCCGAUCCCUUCCUUUCCUUCUCCUCUACGUCUCCGCCAUCGCCAUCGCAAUCGCCAUUGCCUCCGCCGACUCUUCGCACUCCCUCCUCCGCAUGCGCAUCGAUCACGCCGGCGGCGGAGGAGCCGCCGACGGCCUCUUCUGCGACAGCUGGAGGCCGAUCCAGAGCUUGGUUAUCGAUAUUAUUCUACAGGAGAUGGAUAUUCGUUUCUCUGAAACAACUACAGAUUUGUUGAUUUAUAUGUCAUGUCUUGAUCCUGGGAACUCGUUCUCUAGAUUUGAUGUACAGAAGUUAGUGCGUCUGGCUCAUUUUUAUGAGGAUGAUUUUUCUUGGAAUGAGCGUAUGUUGGUUGAACAAGAGCUUGAAACAUAUAUUGAUGACGUCAGAUUAGAUGAACGGUUUGAAGGCAUUUCAGAUUUGGGAGCUCUUGCAAAGAAAAUUAUUGAAACAAUGAAGAACCGUGUGUUUCCUUUGGUUUAUCGGAUGAUUGAGCUAGCCUUACUUCUUCCAGUUGCUACUGCAACUGUUGAAAGAGUAUUUUCGGCAAUGAAUAUUGUCAAAACAGAUUUGCGAAACAGGAUUGGAGAUGAACGGAUGAAUGAUAGUUUGGUAGUAUAUAUCGAGAAAGAUGUUUUUAAUACUGUCGACAAUGAACCAAUUUUACAGCGUUUUCAUAACAUGGAGUCUCGAAGAAUGCAAUUGUCACGUAUUCGUUAG